AUGAAUACCACUGUCAGUGUAUACGCUUUGAAUGCGGGCCAACAUCUGGAAAAACUAGAUGAACGUCACCAAUGGAACCGACACUUCCGGAAAUACGUGCACCUUUUGGACGGCCAAAAGGCAGUCAUAAUUUGCGGCGAUUUUAACGUCGCCCACAAAGACCUGGAUUGCUCGCAGUGGCUGAACAAACCGACAACACCGGGAUGUAGUCCACGGGAAAGGCAUGAUUUUACUCGAUUACUGUCAGCUGGGUUUGUCGACACGUAUAGACACUUAUACCCGGAUGAGAGUGAUUGCUAUACGACGUGUAGUUAUGGUAAUUGGCAUAACGGCUGGAGGUUUGACUAUUUUCUAGUGUCCGAGCAAUUGAUGGAUAAUGUCAGGGACAGUCUAAUUAUGCAACAAAUGGAUAGAGAUCAUAAUCCAAUUACCCUACGAGUAACUGGUUGA